UUUCUAAUCUAGUCUACAGUAAGCGUUUAGAUUUUGACCGUUUCGGACUCGGACUCAUCAUUUAUUAUCUCUAUCUACCUCCGAUUAAAUCAUAGCUAGUAUGUAAGUGGAUAUAGUAAAAGUUCUAUACAAGUUUUGAAAAAACACAGACCUCUUCCAGCUCUUCAACACCUCUAUACUUUCUGCAAUCCACGCCAAAGUGUGAUAUUUUGUUCGAGGGUGUGAUAGUGAAAGGGUGUAUAGAUGUAGAUAUUGUAUAUUAUUAUGGUUUUGCAGCCGACCAGAGGGUAGAUAAUCAAACGCGCGGAAAUACUCACUUUUAGUUUCAAGUUUAAAUUCAUGAAAAAGAGUUCAAGUUCAUCACACCAGUGAAGUGAGUGGUAAACGGAUAAAUUGUUUAAAGGAAUUCUGUGAUAUCCUUAAAUAUUUUAAAAGUUCUUUUGAAUUGAAUUGAGUGUCCUUAAAGUGAAAUUGAGAUUUAUUUAUUAAAAUAAAAUAUUGUUUUAUCAAAAUGGUUAAUGGAAAUUUGUUGACUUCUUUUGCCGUCAUCCUGCUUUUCCAAUCUGUCGUUGGAUCAGAUCACUGGAGCUAUCCUGACCGCAAUGCAACAAAUGUAUUUCCACAAUGGGGUGGAUUAUGCGAUACUGGUAAUCGACAAAGUCCAAUUGACCUGAGUCUUUCUGGAGCACUAAAGGGCAACUUUCCAGACUUUGAAUUCCACAACUACGAUAAAACUUUAACUUCACCAUCAUUACUCAAUAAUGGUCACACAGUAAAAUUGUCAAAUUUCAAUGUUCAAAUGACAUUGACUGGCGGACCAUUGACUGACAAAUUCAUUGUCGAAGAAGUUCAUCUCCAUUGGUGGUCUGAACAUACUAUUGAUAAAAUAAGAUAUCCAAUGGAAGCUCAUAUUGUUCAUCGUAAUACUCGUUAUGCUAACAUCACAGAAGCCGCUAGUCACAAAAACGGAAUUGCUGUAGUCGGAGUUUUGUUCCAUGCUUCCAAUGAAGCUAAUAAGGGCAUUGGAAAAAUUAUUGAAAAUAUUGAAUUUAUCAAUUCUGCCGAUGAAAUUGGUAAACCAGUUAAGAUCGAACAGAAGCUUAAUUUAAGAGAAUUUUUCCCAAAACUUUCUGGUGGUUAUUUGAGUUAUCCAGGCUCUCUUACAACGCCUUCGUGUGCUGAAGCUGUUACAUGGAUUGUACUUCUUGACACAUUCCCAGUUACAUUAGAUCAGGUUAAUGAAUUCAAAGGAAUUGAGACGUAUGGAGGCAAAAAAUUGACCGAUAACUAUCGUGAUGUACAAAAGAAGAAUAAUCGCCCAGUUCUUGUCGUUCACCAAGAGUCUUCAGAUGCUCCAGCUUCUCUAAGAGCUUCGACAUUCAGCUUGAUUGGAUCUAUAGUUGUUUUGUACAUAAGCAAAGUGCUUCAGUAAAAUGUUACUCUUUGUAUUAAGAACUCUUAAUACCUCGUCAAAUAUUUGUAAAACUAUUGUUAUAUUAUCCUUUCACACAUAUUUUAAAGCCAUAUGGAUCGUUCCUGUUUUUUUGUUUUUUAUAAACAAAUGCCAUUUUAUAAAAACAUUGUCAUCGUAGAAGUUAGUACAUGAUAUUCUGAAAAAAUUUCAGUUGUAAAUGUUAAACAUUUUUGUAUUGUCUUUUUUUAAAAAGUGUAUAGUGUCUCUUGUUGUAUUUUAAAAUAGUUAUCCUAUUAUAAAUGUAAUUGUUUAUUGAUAUAACAUAUUGUUGUUCCAAAUUUCCUAGUCAAUUUUUAUUUAUAAAGUUUUUAAUAAAGUCUUUUUGUGUAUCGAA